GACUGACACCGUCCAGGUUUGCGACUCGUGAUGGCUGAUUGACACACUUACUUUCAACACCUUUUUAUACUGAUACCCACGACCAGCGCCAUAGGUACUAGCUCCUCUCGCCUUGGUGACGAAGCUUCUUCUCUGUCUCGUUGCCUGAUCGAUUUCAGCGUUCAUCAAUUACAGAUUCCAGUGGACACCGCCCAUCAGUGAGUGAUUCAGUGAGCUUAACAACCUGGCGAAUCGUCACGCGUCAAGCAAUCACUCCUGAACUCACAGCUAACUUCGACAGUCGACGUCGCAAUUAUCUUUUCUCGUCUCAUAAUCGAAUCUUUUCCAGCAACAUACAUACCAAUCGUAGAGACCAUAUCAUUAGCUGUGAUUCAUACCUGCCUAGGUAGCUAGCCAACCAUGCCCGGUAAGUCAUUCGCCCAUGACAGAAUCGCUCACUGCCAACGAUCGCUCCUGGUGGGUUCUGUUGGUUUGCUCCAACCCUCAAACUCACGGCUCAAGUUAAGGCUGAGGCACAUCCCUUACGCCAUCUACCACACGAUCCUCAUUUGCCCUGCGCUUCACAACCACACUCUUCUCCUUGUCGCGCAGUUCCUGUAUUGUUUUCACGGCUCUCUCAUCAUCACCCUCGCCUCCACAUCAAACGCGCAGCAUGCCCAUAACACUCAAGCGCAAGGCAUCAGAAGCUGACCUGCCUCCUCGCACUCCAGCGAUUCCUUCUACACUCCCUCCUUCCGUGGAGGAGGCCUAUCGUCGAAAAUGUGUUCAACUCAAGAACCGCACCAAUGAAGUUGAAGACGCCAAUGAUGCCGCCCGACUUCGUCUUGCUCGUAUCAAGCGCCAGGUUGAAAAGUUGCGAAUAGAGCGCGCGUUUCUACUCGAACAGCUCGCAAAGCGCACGAGCGCAAACGUCGAGGACUCAGACGGCAGCCCAAGCCCACCCCCUACGGACUACCAAUUCACCAUACCAAGUGAGUUAGCUAACCACCAGAAGCCCAAAGAUAAGCCUCUGCGUACGAAGAGAGGCCACCGAAAGUCGAUGAUGCCUGAUUCCGACUCGAAGGCACCAGUCGCUGCAUCUUUUACCAACACCGCCGGCUCCCCAACCUCCGAAACCUUCUCACACCCCCCAGAAAGCCAACCGAAGCCGGCUCAUGCCAACGGUAUCUCUGCGAGCGAUUCUAAGAAGCCCACCAGUGCAUUCGAGCUGUUUUGCUUAGAAACACGGCCUGGUCUCGAGAGCAAGGAAAAGGACAAUGAAAUCCCUGUGAACAUUGAGGAUGAGCUUACUCGUAUCUGGAAGGGUCUCUCUGAUGGUGAGAAAGAUGAAUACGAGGCAAAAUUCGAACUUGCAAUGGCCAAGAGCGAUGAAUCGAAGAAAAGCCCCGCAUCUGACAAGAAGGAUGAUAAGCCUGCUGAGUCAAAGCAACUCGUUCAGGACGAGGACAUAGAGAUGGGUGAUGACACUGAGGAUCAAGAUACGCAGGCUGGCGAGAAAGUAGAGGAAUGAGGACAUCCAUUCAAUGUCUCUAGGGGCGUUUUGGCGGGUAUACAAUUUCGCAUGUCAUGACAUCAACCCAUGUACUAGUAAUUAGAUGCUUUUCACAACAAAGAACCAAGUUCCGAGAAAGGAUUCACAUAGAUUAAGAAACGCAGUUUCUCCGCGCGCAUCGUUCUUAGACCUAACCGCGAAGUCAUCUAUCUAAUAUCUGCAAAUUUUACACGUACUCCUGGUCGCCUCGUUUGUGGGUUGUUAUACCAAACUAUAACACAUACUCUGACAAUAUCAAACUCCGCUAGCUAAAUUUGUUAUUUCUUCUUCUCCUUCCUUCCCCAAUGAAAGAAUGGGUGAGAUACCAUGGUUGAACAAAAGCUUAUUCGCCGACAUAUAAGUCUACUACAAUAUUGACAGCUGCCACUAGAAUUUCUGCCGCAAUAAGAAC